CUUGUGACACCAGUCAAAUGUGCGGUUUAUAACCGGUUUUAUUUGCCAGCAUCACAGAGAGGUCACAAGAGAUGCAUCGUCUGUAGACUGGUAUCAGGCUGGGAGCGUACAGAGCGCCAAUAUGGCGAAGUUUCAGGUGAAAUUCUGCAUUUUACUGUGCUGUGCUCUGACGUCGAUGUACAGCGAUGCACAGCGAGAGUAUUUCAUCCAGCGCAAAAAUCUCACCUGGGUUGACGCCCGAAACUACUGUCAGGCCUGCUUCAAAGAGCUGGUGACACUGACUCCAGACAACAGUCAGGCCCUUGCCCGGAACGUCACCUCUGACCACUGGAUCGGUCUUCGCAAGAACUUUAACUUCAAAAACAACUCUAUCGACAACUCCACCGGCGACUUAACCAGCACUGUUGCAAGCUACACAGAAAGCUCCUUCACCGCACACUAUAUCAACGGCAGUGACUCCAGCAGCCCCAUUAUGAACUGGACUCGGUGGGCCAAUGGGGAUCCCCUAGCGUUCCAAAACUGGUACCCUGGCUGGCCGCUGCCUAAACCUUCCCCAAAACCUCCCAACAAAACCGUGUGCUGCAGCUGCUCCUGCACAUGCCCAGCAAGGCCAACAACACCCAUGACUACAAACGCAGAAUUUACAACGCCCAACACGACAACAACACAAUCAGGACAUAAUGUGACAAGUUGGAGUCAUGACCCGGCUGAAACAACUGAAUUCACACCAGACUUCACGUCUACCGACGAAAGUACAACACACGUAACAGGAACAAAAAACAUGACAACUCAGAGAACUACUCCAUAUUUCAGCACAAGUGCACCCUGGACGACCGCUGAGAUGCCAUUAGCAGCACAGUGUGAGAAGUCGCCUGUGCCGGAGCCACAAGAACCUGAAGAUGAAGACGACAGUAACGAUAAGAAUUACAUUGAAGACUCGUGUGUGGCCAUGCUCAGCUUUGGGCCGUGGAUUGAAAAGAGCUGCCUGGAGCUUCUGCCAUUUAUUUGUUAUGAAGAUCGCUUCAUGGGACAAGUCAGCGUCACCAAUAUAACUUUUGAGAGCGCCAACCUGACAUGGAUGGUUGCACCGGGCGAUAUCAGCCAUUACCGGGUAGAGGUCAAAGGUCAAAAGGAUAACAAAACAUGGGUGUUUAACCACACUGCUUUGACCUGUGGCCUCUCCAACCUGACAGCAGGCACCUCCUACUCGGUUCAGGUGUUCCCCGUCAAGUGUGAAAGAGACCUUAACCCGGAGAACGCCACCUUCUACACCAUACCUAAGGCAGUCACAAACCUGACAGUCAGUUCUGUGGAGAAAAACUCUGUGUUUCUGAGCUGGGAAAAACCAGAGGGAAACGUGGAUUUCUAUCGUCUGACUUACGAGACCAACACUGUUAAGGUGACAACAGAGACAGAAACAGUUAAGGAUUUGAUACCUGGAACCCCCUACAAUUUCACUGUCGUCUCGGGAGUCAAUGAUGCAUCUAAGUGGAGUUAUGAAGCUCAUGUCUCAGCGUGUACCAAGCCUGAUAAGGUUUACAACCUGAUAGUGUCUAAUAACACGGAUCAGUCGAUGGUGGUCAGAUGGGAUCGACCUGUGGGAAACUUCACAGAUAUCCGUGUGGUAGCUAAGAACUCAAGUGGAACGAGCCUGUUUACUGCAACUGUAAAUCAUACUCAGCAGAAGGAGAUAGUAACAGGUCUGCCACCAGCCACACAUAUAUUCAUCUCUGUGACUGUGCGGGUCAACAAAGACCUGGUGGGAGAAACCGUAAAUAUUGACAGCUUCACAACUCCUGGACCGAUUUCAAAUUUGAUUUUGAAUACAACUAAUGACUCCCUCACCGCUACCUGGCUGCCUCCUAAUGGUAGCGCCUUAAAUUUCACAGUCGAGCUCAGCCUUGACCAGACACUUGUAAACACAAAAAAUGUAUCAGACACAAACAUCACAUUCAGUGGUCUGAAGAAUGCUGCCAAUUACUCUGUGGCCGUCUAUGCAGUGAGUGGACAAUUUAAGAGCACGGCAGAGUCCACCUACAAGUUCACCUUGCCAAAUCCUCCUAGUCCUCCCAGAGCCAGUAGUAUCAGUAAGGACAGCAUCACCUUUGCCUGGGACGCACCUGGAAACACAUCAACACCCACGUAUGGUGUCAAACUCAGCUCUAGCUUCUGGGGUCAGAGUUGGAGUAAUACAACCUCUGACACCACGUUUACAUUUCUUAACCUGACAUCAGGGACCAACUAUUCUUUCAGUGUGUACACAAUCGCUGAUGGACAGAAAAGUGCCUCAGUAGGCUGUGCAAAUUUCACAGUUCCAGAACUACAGGAAAUCAGCCUGUCGAUGCUGUGCUCCUCGUCCGAGGCUCUCCUGUGUGAUAACAACACAACAAGGACGGCUGUAUUUAAUCAGCUGAACAACACAUUCAAGAAUCUGUUGGACGGGCACAUCGACUGGCAUCUUGAGCACUAAAGGAAACAAGGAUAUGACACUUCGCGUUUCCUGCGAUUUAGUCGUAAAAACUUAAAGGUUGUGCUUCAGUAAAAUGUACAGCGACUUUUCUGAUCAGAAUUGUGAUGCGUGAUUACCUGCAAUUAUAUUCAUUUAUUGAUUAAUUUUUAUUUUUUUCAUUUUGUAAUAGGCAAUAGGAAUAAAGUAGAUGACCAAUCAUUAUUAAAAUCAGCAUUUUAUUUGUUCUUUUUUUCACAUCACCUUCUAUUUUUUUCUUCUCGACCUGAAGUUUGUAUGCUGAGGAUGUUUUAAAUAAACACACUAUAAUCUAA